AUGAAUCUACCGUAUAUUGCAGACUUUACAAGAACAUACUGCUCCCCAAACACAUUAGAGAGCAGUUCACAACUACCGUUGGAUGGCUCAUACUCUUCUGCGACUGAUUCAAUCUCAAAACCUAAUACACAACUCAGACAUAUUACAAGGUUGGAAAUAUAUGAUUUCGACUCGACUUUAUUCCGUUCACCGCUACCCAGUUCGGAUUUAUGGACUCCUGCUUUAAAGGGAAAAGUUAUGGCCGAUUGUGCUUGGUUUUCUGAACCUAGAACGCUAGAAACUCCAUAUAUUCCACUGGUACCAGAAAAUACAUGGUGGCAUGACGAAACGAUUGCGCAUGCUCUCAAUGCUCUGUCCAACAAAAACACUCUUACUGUCCUCCUUACUGGGCGACGACAUGAUCGAUUCUCUGCUCGUAUUCAGAAACUAUGUUUAAGCAAGCAGCCAGAGCCUCUUGCAUUUGAUCUAUUCAUUAUGAGAGAAGGUCAUGAUUCUACUUUAUCUCGCCACUAUGCAACUACCUUGGAUUUCAAAUUGGCUGUUCUUGACAAACUCUUGCAGACUUUUCCGCACAUAGAUCAUAUCGAGAUUCAUGACGAUCGUGAGCGACAUUUAAAGCUAUUUCAGCGACAAUGCGAAGCCAUGGUGGCUCACCGUCGUAUUAGCACGUUUAAAAUGCACUAUGUUGUUCAUGAGCGAACAUUAAACCAGUUUAUUGCUCCACACCUUGAAAAAUCUCUUGUUUUGGAACUUGUCGAAAACUGCAACAUUCGCAUUCGAAAUGCAAUGGCCCGUGAAGUUGAAAUGGACGCUUCCAGAGCCAUUACACCUGUCACAAAUCCUUCUAAUCUUAGGGCCGAACCCAUCGAAUACUCGGAAAAUGCUCAAACUUCAUGCUCUGUAUAUUCAAAAUCAGCCGGAUUACAAUCCAUUAAUGAAUCGUCUGCUAUUAAAGAAUCCUGUUGCAAUACUUUGAACGCUAGUCUACCUAGUGAACUUUCCACAUCAAAUAGCAUACCUCUAUCCAAUACUAUAAAAACAAAAAAGCUGGAUUCUGGCAUAUCUACAAAGCUGCAGCGACAAUUCAGUUCUAACAACACACAUUCCUCUGCCACAAACAGUCGUUUGCCAUCUCGACGUAUCAGCAUAUCCAAUUUUCGAGUUUUGAUUGAGCCAACUGAUACGGUUCGAUUUACCAGUAUAACAUUAGAUGACGAUUCUCGCAGUGCAUUAUUAAAGAUGUUUCCAACUCCGGAUAAAUGGAAACCACAUGCACGGCAUAUGAUUGUGAGUUUUGGAAAUGCGCCAGACGCUGUUAUUGAGGCAAUCGGCGGAAUAGGUGCUCGGAUAUAUAUGCUUGCUACUGGUUUUGGUGAAGUACAUGGUCGUGCCCAAGCCGUGCGUGUUGAAUCUAACGCAUUGUCAUGUAUCACAGCUUCGGCUAAUUCAACCAUGUACAUCACUCUAUGCGUUUCUUCAACUGGAGCCCUUAAUGAUCCCAGUGAGAUCACCAAUUGGAAUACCAUUCAGCCUUUAGAGCUGUAUGGCACUCUUGAACGUGUUAUGAUUACGGACCUCAAAUCGUCUCGAACGCAAGGUGGAAGUUCUGGAUCGUUGUCACAGUUUGACGGCAACAAUGUUCCCAAACAAGUAUCUAUUGGCGUAUUGGUGAAGAAACAUCAUCCGACACUACAAGGAAAGCAAGUCGGUAAAGCGUGCGAGGCUGUAAAUCUCUGGAUGAGCAAAACAUUUAUAGAAAAUCUUGAAAAUAAUCGCGCUGAAAUCGAGUUUUAUAUUCAAUCCCAAUCCUUUCAAUAG